UUUGAAGAGAAAUUAGAAGAAUGGCGAAAGCGGGAAAUGCCAAAGGGUGUGUUAGGAGAUGUGUAUGAUGGACAAGUAUGGCAGGAUUACCAGUAUGUGAAUGGAGAGCCUUUUUUAACAGAGCCAAAUAAUUUGGCCUUGAUGCUGAAUGUGGACUGGUUCCAACCUUUCAAAUAUGCACCUUAUUCAGUCGGAGCCAUCUACUUGGUCAUUUUGAAUCUACCUCGUGAAGACCGUUUUAAGGAAGAAAAUAUGAUUCUCGUUGGACUAAUACCUGGACCAAAAGAGCCAUCACUAAAUAUAAAUGCUUUCUUAGACCCCUUAGUUGAUGAGCUUCAAGAACUUUGGCAUGGCGUGAUUCUGGAAGACAACUCUUUUUUAGGACAUCAGGUUUACAGAGCAGCUCUGCUUUGUCUUUCAUCAGAUAUCCCCGCAACUCGAAAAUGUGGAGGCUUUGUUGGACAUGGAGCUUACAGAGGAUGUCACAAGUGUUUGAAGACAUUUAGCAAGAAGGAAUUUGGUGAAAAAAUGGACUACUCAGGAUUUGAGAGGUUUUCAUGGGAGCCACGCACGUCAAAGGAUCACAUAUACUAUGCUGGAUUAUCCAAACGGGCAAAGACAAAGGCAGAACAGAAAAGAAUUGAACGCGAGUAUGGAGCUAGAUGGUCAGAACUUUUCCGCUUGAGUUACUAUGAUGCCAUCAGAUUUGUCGUCAUAGAUCCAAUGCACAACCUUCUCCUUGGUACCGCAAGACAUGUAUUCAGACUGUGGACAGAAUUAGGAAUUUUAACAACAAAAAGCCUUGAUGAAGUUCAAGCUAGAGUGGAAAGCAUCAAAGUACCUUAUGAGGUUGGAAGAAUUCCAUUACGAAUUUCAUCUGGCUUUACAGGAUUUACAGCAGAUCAGUGGAAAAACUGGACAACCAUUUACUCCCUGUUUUGUCUGAAGGGGCUUAUCAACAACAGACACUAUGACAUGUGGUUUGACUUUGUGCAGGCUUGUAUCAUACUCUGCUCCAGAGUCAUAUCCAUCAAUAGACUGGAAGUAGCAGAUCGAUACCUGCAGACAUUUCUCUCAAAAUUUGUCGAACUCUUUGGCCCAUUGCACUGCACCCCCAACAUGCAUCUACAUCUUCAUUUGAAAGAGUGCAUGUUGGAUUAUGGACCAGUUUAUUCUUUUUGGUGUUUUUCAUUCGAGCGUUUUAAUGGAAUACUGGGAAAGUUUAAUAACAACAACAGGGCAAUUGAAGUCCAGAUUAUGAGGCAAUUUCUGCAGGGCCAACAACUUCGUAUGCCAUGGACAUGUGAAUAUGGGGCUGAAUUUGGCAGUAUUUUAGGAAAACAAAUGGUUGGGACUUUGUCAUGCAAUGACACAGCUGAUAUGCUUUAUGUGAAACACAGUGUUUUGGUGUCAGCAGAAAGACUUCUCUUUGAAAACUGCACAGUGGUGCCUCUGACUCCAUUCCACCAGACAAUCUUGGAUGAGCCUGACAGACAUGCAAUAUUGACAAUGUAUCACCAGAUGUACCCUUGUGUCACUGACGUUGACCGUUUUGCCAUGACAUGCAAACGGGUAACAUGUCUGAAUGUAACUUACUCAAUUGAUGGAUCUAGAGCAGAAAGGUCAGCAUAUGUAUAUGCUAAGUGGUGUGGAAACACAAACAGUUUUGAGGAACCCAUCAUUGACCCUCUAGCCGAACUACGACCAGCCAUUAUAAAGCAGUUUAUAGUUGUUAAUGUUGUCUCAAAAGGUACUGCAUUCAAACAUGUAAUUGCACAAGUUUCCUGGCUUCAUCCCCAUCCGGACAGACAUUUUUAUGGAAAGCCAAUAGAAGUUUGGGAGCGUCAGGGAACAGACUUGUCAUACCCAGCAUCAUUUCUGCCUGUUGAGCGCAUUGCUGGGAGAUGUGUGGUUCACACAUCCACUGUGCAUUUAAGCAAGACCAAAGAAAAGGUCACUGUAGUCAUGCCACUAUGCACAGUAUUUGAACUGUGAUGUAAUUGCACAAGUUUCCUUCCUUCAUCCCCAUCUGGACAGACAUUUUGUUGUUUUUGACAUGUUGUUUGAUGUUGUUUGCAUAGAAUGUACAAAUUGUGCCUGAUUAAAACUAUUAAAAUUGUUGAAAUAAAUUGUUUUGUGUAUCUUUUUUUACCUAAUAGUGGUUAUUGGUAAUGACAUGCAGAGUAAUUAAUCUACACUGUUAGCCUGGACCAAUUGAAUCUACUUAAAGGGAUAGUUCACUUUAAAUUGAAAAUUCUGUCA